AUGGAUGCGGUUAACCGAAGUGUUGUAGCAGGGACUUGUCAGUCAGUCGUUUACCAGAGUCGAAGGCAGUAAAUUUAUUUGUUUCUUGACGAAUCACCGCCUCGAUUCGAAAGUUUCACUGACAAUUAUAAAAAGAAUGAUGCAAUCAUAACAUUCGUGCGACAUAAAUAUACAAAACUACCUACCGAAAUAUAUAGUGCGUGUUUUUUUCUAUCUAACAUUAUUGUGAUACGAAAUUUUUUUUUUUGUUGAACAAUUAGUUGUCAGUUGUGUUUUUAUAUUCAUUUUUAAUAUAUUCGAGAGAUGACAUUGAAAAAGGAUCAGAAACUGCCGUAUCCCAAAUCAGUAUUUUUCAUCGUCAGCAAUGAAUUUUGCGAACGCUUCAGUUACUAUGGGAUGCGAACAAUUCUCGUUAUUUACCUCACCAAGAUACUUUUUUAUUCUGAAGCCGAUGCAAAAAUUAUCUACCACACAUUCACGAUGUUUGUGUAUUUUUUUCCGGUGCUCGGCGCCAUUUUAUCGGACAGUUUUUUGGGCAAAUUCAACACCAUUUUGUACGUUUCCAUGGUAUACGCGGGGGGAAGCGUGCUGCUGGCUUUGUCCGCCACAGAUCCCAUAGGACUUCCCAAAAAGGAGUUUUCGAUAAUAGGGCUGCUACUUAUAGCCCUAGGCACUGGAGGUAUAAAACCUUGCGUUUCGGCGUUCGGCGGUGACCAGUUCGUUCUUCCGCAACAAGAAUUACAAUUUGCCACGUUCUUUUCGUUGUUUUAUUUCGCAAUUAACGCGGGAAGUUUGAUUUCUACGUUCUUAACACCAGUUUUGAGGAACAACGUCCAUUGUUUCGGUAACGAGAGUUGUUUUCCUUUAGCUUUCGCGGUACCUGGGAUCCUCAUGAUUAUUUCUAUAGUUAUUUUUGCCGCAGGACGACCACUAUACAGAAUAAAAAAACCCGAAGGGAAUGUAAUAGUACAAGCCGCAAAAUGCAUAUCGCACGCCAUCAGUCGUAAAUACAAGAAAUGUGCCAGUAAGAAGGAUCAUUGGUUGGAUUACGCCGAGGAAGAAUAUGGGAAGAAAUUAGUUUCCGAUAUAAAAUCUGCUCUACAUGUCAUGGUCCUGUAUCUACCUCUACCAAUUUUUUGGGCACUGUACGAUCAACAAGGCUCCGGUUGGACUUUCCAGGCGGUUCGUAUGGAUGGAAAUAUUGGAUUUUAUACAAUUUUACCCGAUCAGAUGCAGGUUGUCAAUCCGUUGUUGAUUCUGUCAUUCAUUCCGUUGUUUUCCUACUACGUUUAUCCACUUUUAGGUAGAUGCAAUUUAUUGAAGACCCCGUUACAGAGGAUGGUAUGCGGGGGUUUCUUGGCAGCAGUAGCUUUCGCGGUUUCCGCUUUGGUUUCAAUAGCCAUAGAAAGCCACGAACCGAUCCUCCCCUCGACCAACAACAUCCAAUUACGCAUAUACAACCCUUCCACGUCACCGAUACCAAUAAAAGCAGACGGUUUACAUCUAUCCACAGUCGUACCAUCAAUGUCUGCGUACGUCCAAAAAGACGUACCGGUUGAUUCCGGUACGACCGAAAUAACCUUCGAAAUAAACGCCACGAAACGAUAUAUCACCGUCCAAGACGCGCACGCGUACGGAAUAUUCGUUUACUCGAGUAACGAUUUUAUUUAUUAUACGGAUAACGUCGCGAAAAGUGAAACCGGAUAUCCUGUGAUAAGGACUCUUGUUUACGGUAACGACGAAUCUGUCGUUUAUUCGAAAGGAAGCGAAACUGUCGACGUCGAAGCCGGGGAAUUUUCCACUUUCCAACUACCAGGACCCGGUAAAUGGUCGAUAGGAAUAGGAAACGAAACGCUACAGGACCCCGUAGAUUUCCAGCUCGGCGGAACGUACACCGUAAUGAUUAACAAGGACGAAGGAUUGAAAAUGAGUUAUCUGAUUGUAACUGAACCGAACAGUAUUCAUAUGGCGUGGCUGCUACCUCAGUAUUUCAUAAUAACGGCGGCGGAAAUAAUGUUUUCCAUAACCGGAUUGGAGUUUUCGUAUACGCAAGCGCCGGUUACGAUGAAAUCACUACUACAAGCUUGUUUCCUUCUAACGACUGCUUUUGGAAACUUGAUUAUAGUCAUAGUCGAAUCUGCUAAAAUUUUCGAAAAACAAAGUAACGAUUUUUUCUUGUACACUGGUUUAAUGGUUGCCGAUAUGUUACUUUUCACUUAUAUGGCAACGAAAUACCGUUACAUCAAUAACGAACAAUCGGAAACGACUACCGAGAUAUCGGAAUUGAGUUCACAAAAAGGUAUUGAUAAUCCUACGUUCGUAAAAGCAUAGAUAACGUGGAAGUAUGACAUAAGAGUACUUUUUUGCACUAUAAAACUGUUCCGUGAUAUAUCGAAUAGUUAAUAUUAUCUAUGUUACUAUGUCGAAUCGAAGUAAUGGAAUAUCGAACAACUUGCGAUUCGUUCAAUACAACAGAACGCAGAAUAAAAUUGAUUUGUCAACGUCAAAUGUCAAAUUUUAUGUUGAAGAUAUUAAAUUUAUGUAUAUAAAUAAUUGUAAUUUUUGUAUAGUUAUUGUAAAUAUAUAUAUAUUUAUCGUUGAAA